AUGUCCGACUCGGAAUUCGACGAAGAUUUGAAGAGAGCUAUUGCUCUAUCUUUGGGACAAACUUCAUCGUCAUUACCAACUCGUGAGAAAAGUCUUAUUGAUCUUACUGUUUCAGAUGACGAUGAUGACCUCGAUGCACCUGUCGCAUCACACUUCAAAUUCGCACAAGCUGAUCCUAUUCACAAUACAAGCACGGAUGAAAAGGUUGGCACCAGUUCUCGUGUGCCCAGCCAGCCAAGCAGUACAGUGCUCAAUGGCUUGAACCGUAAGCAGAUGGAGGUAGAACGUAUAGCAAGAGUUCAAUAUAAGAGUAGGGCACCAGAUGCCAUUUCUAAGAAAAGGAAGGCUUCGAUUUCCUCGCCGGCAUCUUCACCCGGCGAACGUCGCCAGCCAAAAGCCUCUCGACUAGAGGCGACACUCAGUAGAGAGGCAGACGACGACGACCAAAACAAAUCUACGGAUCGAAACUCCACGAGUGGAGGAACAGGUCGCGCACUUGACAGAAUUUCCUCCGGAUUCACCGAAAGAGACCCAGAAACAGGCACUUCCGUCAUCACUGAAAAUUUACCCAGAGAUACUAAACCAGGAAGCGUCUCAGGCAUCGGUGUUCAAUUUCCUCAUGGAGUAGUGAAAAAAACUUGGGCUGAUGGCUUUCCCCGGGAGGAUGAUAUCAAAAUUGAAGAGGUUCUUCAAAGUGCGGACCUUACCCAUGCUUUAUUGAGCGCCUUCCAAAUAGAACCUGAUUGGAUUAUAUCAAAGAUAUCACCAGGAACAAAGGUUAUUUGGGUCUUACAAGCGAAAAAUGAAUCCGAAAAACUGAAUUAUCAAUCAUUAGCACCAAAAACCUUUCGAUUUUGUUUUCCCUCGAUGGAAGGUAACGUUGAUUGCAUGCAUUCAAAACUCCAACUCCUGGCGCAUCCUACACAUUUACGACUGGUCAUACCCUCGGCGAAUCUGACGCCAUAUGAUUGGGGAGAGAGCGGUGGAAUCGUGGAAAAUGUCGUAUUUUUGAUUGAUCUUCCAAGAUUGUCCGAUGGCGAGAAGGCGUCUGACGACCAGACAACACCAUUUUCAAAGGAAUUGUUUCACUUCCUUGGAGCUAUGGGACUGCCGCCUAAAACGUUGGAGAGUUUCAGAAACUUUGACUAUUCUAAUACGAAUCAUCUAGCACUUGUACAUUCCAUUGGGGGAUCCCAUUUUGGCCCGGAAUUGCAACGAACCGGCUACCCUGGUUUGGGCAGAUCUGUAAGCAGCCUUGGGCUGGAGACAGACCAACCAUUGGAACUUGAUUUCUUAACUGCUUCUAUUGGUAACCUUGAUGACCGAUUUCUCCGGACAAUAUAUUUGGCAUCACAGGGCGAUAAUGGAUACAAGGAAUACAAGUGGAGAACAGAGAAGCCCACAAGGUCCAAAACAGAGACCUUGUUGGAGAGACAACUCUCGGAAGAAAUUGGGCGCAGAUUCCGCGUGUAUUUUCCCAGCAAGCAAACAGUUAUAGAAAGCAAGGGUGGUACAGAUGCUGCUGGCACGGUUUGCUUUCGAUCAAAAUGGUACGACGCAACUAGUUUCCCCAGAAGCCUCAUGCGCGAUUGUCAAAGUUGUAGGAAGGGAUUAUUGAUGCACAACAAGAUGCUAUUUGUGAGAUCCCAGAAGACUCAAGAAAGUCCACGACCUAUCGCAUGGGCAUACGUUGGAAGCGCAAAUCUUUCCGAAAGUGCAUGGCAAGUCUUAUCCGUUUUCAUAUUGGGCCGUAUGGUGAAGGACCGAGCAACGAAAGAGCCUAAGUUGAAUUGCAGAAACUGGGAAUGCGGUGUUUUAUUUUCCAUCCCCGCUACCGAUUUGAAUGCAUUAGCUGCUGUCACUAAAUUGGGAAUACCGGCCAUGGAUGCUUUUCAUGGGUCCAUCCCCGUGCCCAUGGUUUUCCCGUCCCAUACCUGGGGAUCUCGAUUCUAUGAAACGUGUUCGCAGGGGAGAGUUCAUGAUAUUUCUACCCCUGACUUCGAAACACUGCAGAGAACCUCUUUACCCAGUAUUAUGGCUUAUGUUGCGAACGACGAAGAAAUUCACAGUCGUAUCAUGCCGACCCCUUGA